UGAUAAAUAUGGUAUGUGGGUAUUCGGGUUGUUCGCAAAUAAAUGGCGUACUGACGGACGUGUUGGUUUUAUUACAGUGGCUUACGAGUUGGGAUUUAAUCAUUAUAUACAGUGUUAUUGCUAAAUUUACGCAAAACUGAGUGCUAUAAGUGAUACGCGGUAAAAAUAACAACAUAAACAAUGCCGAUCGGGAAAAUGAGCGAGUUCGACGUGACGGACGGAACGUGGUCGUCAUAUGUGGACCGUUUGGAAAUGUUUUUCCUUGUAAACGAGAUAAAAGAUGAAUUAAAAUUGCCGACUAUGAUUGCUGUGAUGGGAAACGGGGCGUACGAGCUACUUGUGAACCUGGCAAGCCCCAAAAAGCCGUCGGAGGUCACUUACAAAGAAGCUGUUGAUCUAUUACGUCAUCAUUUACAACCAACGCCGUCAGUCUUGGCCGAAAGAUAUCGUUUUAGACAACGUCGACAAAACAAUGGCGAAAAUAUUGCCACUUACGUGGCGGAAUUGAAGAAACUGGCCAGGGAGUGCAAAUUCGAGGCUACCCUUAAUGAAAACCUUCGUGACCAGUUUGUAUGUGGUCUGCGCAGUGACAUCAUACGUCAGCGGGUAUUUUCGGAGGAAGAUACGCUAACAUAUGCAAACGCGAUCAGGAUUGCGACGUCCUUGGAGGCAGCGGAAAGAGACGCGGCAGCAGUAGAACCAUCGUCGGGCACCGGGGCGAGCGGUGCGGGGCCGACGGUAUCAGCUACGGUACAUGCUCUGGCGCCAGGAGGGGCGCGCGGAAACCAGGUGCGAGGGUCGCGGGCCACGGGCGGCGGGCGCGGCAGGAGCCUUGGUAGCACAGCGCGGGGAAGCGGGACAAGAUCGCACACCAUCGCGGAGAACGGCGGUCAUGGCGCCGGCACCGCCUACACUCCAGGCGGCAGAGGGUCCCACCAGGACUGUAAAGGCUGUGGUUCGACAGCCCACGACUACACCAAUUGUCGGUUCAGAGAUUAUAUCUGCAGUUUGUGCCGUCGCAGGGGGCAUUUGCGACGAGUGUGCUCGAGCCGUAGUGAGGGCAGUCGCGGGGGAAGCGCCCCUUCAGGAAGACUGCAUUAUGGCCAAGCGGAGAGCUCGGAUCGGGAGGAGUCAACCACUGAGGACUUUCACCAUUUGUGUUUAAGUGACUACGGACCGGUGAGUGUACCUAUCACUGUAGACUCUCAUAUCUUACUACAAAUGGAGAUAGACACAGGCUCGGCGGUAUCGUGUAUUAGUAGCAAAACUUAUAAGGAACUUUUAAGUCACUAUCCGCUCGAAAAUGGCUGGUUAACACUAAAGUUUUAUAACGGGGCAAAGGUCAAGCCGAUAGGCGUUAUUAAGCCAAAAGUUAGUUAUGAUAAGCGGGAGAAAUAUUUAGAGUUGUUUGUUAUUGACGGAGGCACUACCUCGCUGCUAGGGAGACAGUGGUUAACUGAGUUAAAUAUUAAGAUACCCGAGUUCAGCAAUUGUAACAAUGUAAAGACUGAUGAGCUAAAAAUGUCUAAUGAAAUAAAUAAUUUACUUUGCAGAUAUAAAGAAUUGUUUAGCGGCGGGCUCGGGCGGUACAAUGGCGGGCAGGCAACGCUGCGCGUGCGCGAGGGGGCGGCGCCGGUGUUCCACCGCGCGCGGCCGCUGGCGUACGCGCUGCGCGAGCGGGUUGACGCCGAGCUGGACGCCAUGCUGCGGGACGGCGUCAUCGAGGCCGUGGACUGCUCCGACUGGGCCUCGCCGCUGGUGCCGGUGAAUAAAGCUGACGGUUCGUUGAGAAUAUGUGCCGACUACAAAUCUACACUGAAUCCGGUUUUGCUAAUUGAUCGAUAUCCCUUGCCUAAAAUUGAUGAUUUAAUGGUAAGCCUUAGCGGAGCGUGCUACUUUUCUAAAAUAGACUUAUCCCAAGCCUAUAACCAGAUCGAGCUGGAUGACUCAAAAAAAUAUACCGUUAUAAAUACGCACCGCGGUCUAUAUAGGUAUAACCGACUAGUGUACGGGUUAUCGUCCAGUCCGGGAAUACUGCCGUCCUCAAGCUAA